AUGAGUGAAGAUUUAAGGAGAAGAGUGCUGCUAGAUCAAUUAAAUGGUCCAAAUAGGGUAUUAGAGAGUUUAGAUGAAGAGGAAUCGGAGAUAGGUGAUCUUCCAACUAUUUCUAGAAAAUAUCCAUAUCGUCAUGUUUCAUUGAAUAGACCAGAAUCUCCAGAUCAUGAAGAUAAAUUUGGUGAUGAUUCUGAGUUAUGGAGAGACUUCUUUGAUCACAAUGCAAGACAUGUAAUCGAUAAAAAUAAUAUUAGUAUCAACUUAUAUUAUAAGUUACCUAAUAAUUUGGAAAGUCCCUCAAUUCCUCUGUUUAUCUGUCAUCAUGGAGCUGGAUCUUCUGCUUUGACUUUUGCUUUAUUAGCCAAAGAGUUAUAUGAUAGAUUGGAAGGUAAAUGCGCAAUUUUAACAUUUGAUGCAAGAGGACAUGGUAAGACCAGACCAUUGGAUCGUAAUAAAAAAUUUCCAUUCAACUUAGAUGACUUUAUCUCUGAUUUUGUAGAAUUAUCUACAUGGUUUUAUAAUGAAAUUUUAACUAAAGCUAUUCCAAGUGAAAAGUUAUCCUUAUUACUUCUAGGACAUUCAUUAGGUGGUUCUAUAUGUACAUUUUCGUUUACACAAUUCUCACAAUCAAUCAAAAGUAAAAUUUUGGGUGUUACAAUGUUGGAUAUUGUUGAAGAAGCUGCAAUUUCAGCUUUAGAUAACGUUCAGUCAUUCUUGGAUAACACUCCAAAUGUAUUUGAAUCUUAUCAGAAGGCAAUUGAUUGGUACAUUGAUAAUCAGCUAUUACGCCAACGAAGGAGUGCAGAAGUUUCGGUACCAACUUUAUUUUUUAAAACUAAAUCUGAUAAAGUAGUAAGAAUUACAGAUUUAUCGAUGUUUAGAACCUACUGGUCCACUUGGUUCUCUGGAUUAUCUAGUAAAUUCGUUUCAUUACCAACAACUAAAUUAUUGAUCUUAGCUGGUAAUGACAACUUGGAUAAAGAGCUUAUUGUUGGCCAAAUGCAAGGUAAGUAUCAAUUGGUUGUAUUUCAGGAAUCCGGUCAUUUCAUUCAAGAGGAUGCACCUUCAAAGACAGCUCUAACAUUAAUAGACUUUGGAAAAGAAAUG